GUAAAUGAAAGAAUCCAGUAAUUCUGAUAGUUUAUCAUAUCAAUCAGCUUCUGUAAAUACCUCUUAAUAUAUUAGCAUAGACAAUACAAUAUUUUAUAAAUUUGGCAUUAUUUUUAUACCUAUUUUUAUCGCUUCAGGCUUGGAAACUAUACUUAAAGACAAAAACCUAACAUCAUAUACUAUCUAUUGUUAUGAUAGCUUAAUUAUUAGUGGUGUAGUGUUUAUUAUGGAAUAAUCUCAUAUUGCCUAAAAUGGUUUAUUAAAUAAUCCAUUUUUGAUUUGUUGUCAAAGAUUCUUAGAAAUUAAGUAUAAUUAGAAAUUCACAAAGACCUUAUCAUUAUUAAAAUGGAAUAUAGUCUAUUCAUGACACGAAAAAAUUAUAGAAAUUCAAAAACGAAUACUAGAUAGUAUUUUUAACGACGCAAACUUACAAAGGAAUUUAAGUUGAGAAGAGGUAUACCAUAAGGCUUGAUCUGAC